AUGGAGUACUUUAGACCAGAUCCAGAGAUAGAUCGGGCUUGGAGGGAACUAUUACAUAGCGAAUCUCCAUCAAUAGGCAAAGAAGAAGCUAGUCAAUUUACUGACGAACCCGUCUCACCUCCUACCAGUAGAGAGUACCAUUUCGAGUAA